CACUGCAACUUCAAAAAGACUUACUGUAACUGGCCAAAGGGCCAUGAGACUCGCUGCGAACCUGCGGCGGUUCACGGCAUGUCCAAGCCGCUACCGCGCUUAGAGCUUCCGGAGGACCCUCAGGAGGCCCAGCAGAGAUAUGUGAAGCUCAGGCAGCUGGUGCGAGAGACCUUCGAAAGCUUUUUGAGGAGCUUAAAUUCCCAGUCAUUAAAAUGGCUUGAGCAACAGUUUGAGCUUCAUGGGGGGAACAUCAACUCCGCACAGUUCUUGAAGAUUUUUUCCAAGGUCUGUCCACGCUUGGAGUCCAGUGCCUUCUCCGCGGAUGAGCGGAAGAUGGCCAUGAAGUUUGCCGUGCUGAAGCUCUUUGAAGGUAUGGACGUGGACACCUCGGGGGAGACUUCGUGGAUGGAGUUUGUGGAGUUCAUCAGUGCGGUCGCAGAGGAGUUGCGCUUGAAGGCGCAAGAGCUGUCUGGGCAAAUCUUCGAGUUCUCGGCCUCCGUGCAGGUGGUGCUUCCGGCUUAUCGACCUACCGUCACCAAGUGCCACUUUGACAAGCUCUUCUAUUGGCCUGGGCUUCCCAUGGAGUGUGCGGUGGUCUUCGAGGAGGGCCAGGCGAGCUUCUUCUUACAUCGACAGCAGAGCAUGCUCCGACGCCGCCGUGUUGAUGGGCACCAGAGUGAUCUACUCUCAGCGGCCUUCUUGCAGGACAUCAAUUUGGUGGUGACCUCGGGGAACGACAAGACCUUGUGCUUUUGGGAGAGCACCGCCUUCAACUUAGUGAAGCGUUGGAGUUUGAAGGAUGUGGCUGGGGUUCUUUGCUGGUGCGCCGAGAUCAAUGCGCUCUAUGCUGCAGAUCAUUUCACCGAGCGAUUCUGGGGCUGGCGCAUUCUCGACGAGCUGGAGGUGAAGACGACGGGCCACGGGGGGAUGAAGCCCGAGAAGGCGCUCGAGUUCAAGGUGGGCCACAGCAAGGCAAUUCAGGUGAUGAAAUGGCUUGAACCCUUGCAGUGCUUGGCGACCGCCUCGCUGGACACCACGGUGCAGAUCUUCGACACCGUCCUCCAGGGCCGAACGCACGUGCUGAGUGGCCACAGCAAGGGUGUCACCUGCUUGGAAUUCUGUGCCAAGAAUCAGAUGCUCUUGAGCGCCGGCUUCGAUAAUUAUAUUUGUAUUUGGGACCCCUCGGCUGGAACGCUUUCAUUCAAACUGACUGGCCAUGAGUGUAGCAUCACCGGCUUGUGCAAGAUGCCAGAGACGGACUUCGAAUUCAUGAGUCUGGAUUACGAGGGCGUGGUGCGGCUUUGGGAUGUCCGGCGACUGUGCUGCAUCCAGAACUUCCACGCCACAGACCGACGUGCAGAAGAGGCCGGGGAAUUGGAGCGCCUGGAGCCACGGGCCUUGUGCGCUUUGAGCCGUGACCGAGUGGUGAUCUCCGGGAGGAGGAUUGUCGUCUUUGACCGCGAUGCCAAUGACCCGAAGAUCACCUCGGAUUGGCCCAUCAAUGACCUGGCUUUCAACCACUGGACGUUGGAGAUUGUGACGCCCAUCAAGAACGACCUCUACGUUUGGGACGCGCUCACGGGGCUGCGCUUGCAGAUCCAUGACAAUGUGAUCGAGUCCAACAUCACUGCCAUCACCUUCGGUCUCAAGGAGCGUCGGAUCUUCGUCGGCAGCGAGGAUGGCAACAUCAACUGUAUCAACGCGGCUUGUGGUGCUAAGCUCAAAGUGCUCACGCCACACGCCUACGAGGUGACGCAGAUCGAGUGCAUGCACGGGAAAGUGCUCACCCUCUCAGGGCCUGAGAAGGUGAUCAACGUGCACGAUGACACCGGGGAGAAGAAAGCUUUGCUCCUGAAGCGGAUUGAUUUGGGCGCCUCUGGACCCAUUUUGAGGUUCGCCACGGACUACCGGGAGAUGAUUGUCAUCACCUCGGAGGACGGCGACGUGAGCUGGUACAGCACGGACUUUGCCAAGGGCAUCGCUGACACGUCGCAGUGCUCCGUGAAUCACUCCCAGGCCGUUUAUUGCUGCGAAUAUUUCAAGGAGGUUCCGCUCAUUGUGACCACCGACACAGGCGGAGUCACUCUCUCUUUGCGCUUCUCUUUGCCGAGAAUGGCCGUCGUUCGGAUGGGAAGAUCGGUCUUUUCAGGUCAUAGAUCAUGA